AUGGGAGUUCGAACUCGCUCGUAUUCUGAUUCAGCAGGUCAAGAUCUUAAAAAUUCCAACGUCCCUCAACAAAUCGUUCUUAAACGUCCUAAUUUAAGGGGAAACUCUACUAACAAUGUAAGAAGUAGUGAUCCGUCAGGAUUCGAGGAUGAUUUGGUGGAGAAUUUGGGUAAAUUCGAGAUUUUGCAAAAAAAAUGGUUAAAAUGUAUUUUAUCAGUUGAUUUACAAUGUCAAAAUGCUAAUAUUCCUGUUAAUAAACAGAUGCUAUUUCUUAACAAUGCUAUUAAAUAUACACUUAAAAGUAUUCCUAAUCAACAUCGUGUUAAUUUCUUUAUAAAUUUUCUAAAAAAUUAUGAAAAAGAUGUCCAGUUUAUAAGCCGUUUGUAUGUAAUUUUAAUUCGCUUGUUUUUCUGUUUUAAGUACAGAUUUCGUCUUUCAGAAUUCCCCUCACUGGGAUGUUUAUCGCUUUUUAAUAAUAUCUUCUGGUCUAUUUGCUCACUUGGCACGUUGUUCACAAAUUUCAUUUUAACACUGUGUAACGGUUUCGUGUCAAUGAAUGAUGUGGUAAUGGGACUGGUUGGAUAUAAAUCUGAAAUAAAAUCAGAUAACCCGCUGUAUAUUAGUGACGAGGAAAUUUUGAAGUUGUUUCCACUUUUUUCAGAAUUUCACACAAACAAAUUCUUCUGUUCAUUUCAUCAAGAUUUCACCACGUUUUUGCUUAAAUUAUAUUGUAAAAUUAGUGUAAAAAUGGAUAAUGAUGGCCAUAUUUCCGAUGAAUUAAUUUGGAAAAUUAACGAGUAUGAAAUUAACACCUUAACUGAUGUUAAUGUAUACAUAAUGAUGUUGGAUUUUUAUAGUAAAGUGUCUUUAAAGACAGAAAAUUUAAAAGAUUCUAGUUUUUUAAAUGGACUAGUUACAAUAUAUUCAAACUUGCUAAAGCAGUUUAACACACGGGAUAAGAUGAGUAAUGUGGUGGCUAGAGGUAUAAUAUAUUCAUUUUCAAGGUUUUUAACUUAUCUUUUCCCAAAAUAUUACUCAAUUAGUGGUGUCCCAGAUAGUGUUUUGAUUUUAAUUCAGUCAUAUUUAAUCAUAGAACAGCAGAAUGGUGUUGAUAAUGUGGAUGAGACCGUAUUUGAAAGUCUGAAAAGUGUAUUAAAAAAUCAUGAAGUGGGAAGAGAAAUAUUAAAAAAUUUAAGGAUAAACUUUAACUGGUAUAGUAGUAAUUUAUCAUUUGAAGCUGAAUUAAAUGAGUACAUCAAUAAUAUAUAUAAGAGUAUACUAAAGAGUAGUGGUAUCCCGAGAACGGUGAUAUUAUAUCCGACAACGAGUUUAACAAAUAAAAUUGAGGAAUCGUAUGUAAAUUAUGAAUUGAGUAAAGAAGUGGCAAACAAGUUUCUAAAUUCACUUUUUCAGCAUAUUCAAGAAAAUAAUCUUUCGAUUAGCGCUUUGGUCAAUGUUAUACCAAGUACAGGUAAUUUACACUAUUUCAUUUAUUUAGAUAUUGGUUUAGAUAAGAGUGGAGUGGAUAGAAGUAGUGUAAUAACAUGUGUGUUGGUAUCAAUGGCUACAUUGAUGAAUGAUGGAAUCUUUGUUGAUGGAAAUUCUGACUCACUGGUCAGAGUUAUUAUUAAGCUGAACGAUAAUUAUGCUCAGGAUUCGAGUUUGUACAAACUAUUUUUAUCGCUUUUAUACUGCGAAAUUAAGGAUGACACUGCACUAUCACUGGAGUACAGAAACUAUGAAUUGUACUUGUAUAGAACUUUAGUUGUACACUACUUGUCACAACUUGUGCAAUCACCGGUUAGAUUAAGGGACUUCACGUUUGACGGGAAAGUUGUGGAGGAAAAGAUGGUAACCGUGAGGAUGUUUAAGAUGCUGAAUUUCAGGACUAAUUAUUUGUUAAUGGACAGGAUUGUGUUUGAAAAGUAUUUGACGACAAGAUAUAUUCCUGUGAGUGAUGCGCAAACAAUGGAAGACGAAGUUGAUAGUUUAAUAUUUGGGUUUUUAGAAUAUGACAUGAAUAACACUACUCAGGAACAAAACAACCAAUUGGUGAAGUCUGAGGAUUUUGUACAAAAUAAUGCAAAUUUUGACAAUGUUUACUUUUUUAAAGUGAUUCUCAAAUUCAUAACGCAGUUCAGAUAUAAUAGCAGGAAUACCACGGAGCUGGUGGAAUUAUUGCUAUACAAGUACCACAUGAAGUUGUGUAGCAAUAACUACUACGACGUGAGCAUGACUAACAGAAUAUACUCAAAUAUCAAAAAAUUGGUGGAGACAAAUCUGUACGGUCGGAAGGUCAAAAACUCACUUUUUGUCCAAUAUUUCGGCUCUAACGAGGAUUCAGAUGAUUUGAUCGAGUCAAAUGAAUCUAUUAAUGGUGACCAUAGUUUAAAUCAUGACAAAUUAAACAGUACUAGUGGUUCAGUAACUAGUACUGACGUCCAAUUGAUAGAGCUGCUGAAGUUAAAUAAUAGAUACACCAAGAGGGUAUUUUACACUUUGACUCACAUAGUUUCUGGCCAUUUGGUGGCGUUUCUGCCUUCAAAUUACAUUCCAACAUUGCUCUGUAACUGGGCCUCAUCACUUCCAAUUGACACCACCAGCGCUGUGAAGAGUGAAAAAAUAGCCAUAGCCCGUUUUAUUCUCUUUUUGCUUCUAUCUCAACUGUUAUCAUUUGAACAUGAACUGAGUCUAAAAAUGUUUACGAGAUUGGAACCCAUAAUAUCUGCAAUUAACGUGAUUUAUAUAAAUUUGGAGAUCAUCCACAAGGGCCCAAAGCCCUUUGCAUUCUGUGAAGUCAUCUCAGACGAAGAUGAGAUUUACACCCCCGAGAGAUUUAACUUUCUCUCCCAAGAGACGAUAGAGUUGGAUGACAGUAACUUUUACGAGAACUUAGUUAACAGUUACAACACUCUGAGGGAAGAUUCCUUGAAGAAGUUUAAUGAGCGGAAGGAGAAUAUAAAGAAGAGAAAUAAAGAACAAGUCCAGCUAUUACUCCAAAUUUCAGUCCUAAUUUCACAAAUUUUCCUAAACAUCAUUUUAAAAUUAUAUAAUACCAUUAGUGAUGUGAACAAUGGAUUGAUUACUGUCACAGGUAUUAUCUAUACGAAUUCAUUUAUUUUACACUAUUUACAAAAUAAAUUCAUAUUAAAAUUUUGUUUAGAUGAUGGAGUGGUCUUGAGCUGUAUUGGAAAGAAGAGAUCUUUAUAUUACAAUAGUGUCGAGUUUUUACUUUUGAUUGAUAAUACUUUGUCAACAAUGAUUAGAACAUGCAUACUCUCAACUUUAAAUUUGGAAGCUGAUACUGUCAAGUCUGAUCCUCAAAAUAUUACUGUAAAAUUGGAAGAUCCCCUCAACCACUCUAUAAAAAAUAAUACAUCAAAAGAGUCUGUAGAUUAUAUUUAUAAGGAGAAAAAAUAUAGUGAAUUAAUAAACAAAAUAAAAAUUUUUAAGGAAAGUAUCAAGUCAAAAUUAACAUAUUUCAAUUCAUUCCAGAAUAUUUACAAUUUUAACAUUGAUAAUAUUGGGAGUACUGCCGACUCCAUGAGCAGUGGCGAUGUUGGAAAUGACACUGGGAAUAAUGCAGAAAAUGAGAUGGAAGACGGAUUUGAGGAAGAUUUGGAAGAUUUUAUAGAUUUUGAAACCGAUAGCUAUUUAUCAAUGAUAACUUACAAUACAAAGAAGCAUACUGAGAAAUACAAGAACAUGAGUGUGAAGAAGAAGUUGAAGAUGACGAUCUUAAGAAAUGAGUGGAAAUCCAUAAUUAAAUCACAUUUAAUGUAA